UUUUUUCAAUUUUAAAAUUUGUCUUUCAAAUAACUAAAUAUGUCACUUUCAGAAAUAAGACAUAAAUUGCAGAUGCAGCAGGUAGAAAAUAAAAUCAAGUUAAUAAGAAUGAAUUGGUUCAUUAAAAAUUAUGAAAAAUUGUUUCAAAAUCCAGAGAAACCUAAAGUACUCAGUUCAUCUAAAAUGGGUGAAUUGUUUGAAGAAAUUCAAGAAAUGCGAGAAAGUAGUAAAGAAAUAUACAAAAAGCUACAAGUAUAUCAAAAAGAUAUUGAUAAUCAAUUUAAAAAUAAAAAUAAUGAACAAUGCAUCAAAGAAAUAGCAAUUUUACCCAAUAUGUUCCCUGUUCCGGAAGACGUUAUGAAAGAACUACUCAAUGGUGUAAGUAAAGAUGCAGGACGAUAUAAAUAUUUAAAAAUUAGAGGUCAACUUUCACCCGAAGAAAAAUAUUAUUUCAGCCCAACUAAUAAUUAUAAAUAUGGAUGGAAAAUUAAAAACUGGACCAAAAUGAUUGGACCAAAACAUAGAAGAAAACAAGUGAUAAAAACAACUUUUUAUAGGUCAAAUGGCAUCAAUUUAUAUGAAGAACAUCCAAUAAAAAGACCUCCUAAUCCUUCAGGCCAUUUUAUUUAUACAUCACUGUAAAUUAAUUUUAAAUAAUUCUUUCUAAAAGAAUUAAAAAAUAAGAAUAAUAACAAUAUAAUUUUUUAUACCUUUUUUCAAACUACUUGGAUUUUUCUACUCAUCAGAAAAAU